AUGGCGACCUCCAGAAGCGAUCCCCAGAAGGCGGGAGCUGCCUCUCCCCGGGGAGGCAUGGGCAGUUCACGAACUAGAGCCCAGUCGAUCCUGUUGUGCUCAGAAAAGGCGCGUUCGGCUUGCUGGUCUUCUUUUCCCGUGGGAAAAAGUACGUUCAACAGAGCCCCGUCCUACCUGCUCCAGCAGCUCAUUCACCGCAGCCAGGAGUCGGACGCGGACGGAGACGAGGACCAGGGCGAGGGCGAGGCGGCUUCCUCAGAGUCCGAAGAGUCCGAAGAGUCCGAAAUGCUGAAUUUGGAGGAGGAAUUUGAUGGGAUCCUAAGAGAGGAGGCCGUGGCCAAGGCACUCCACCAGUUGGGGCGCUCAGGUCCUGGGACUGAGCAGGUUUACCUCAGUCUAACUUUAUCAGGUUGUGAUUUAAUUGACAUUAGCAUUCUCUGUGGAUAUGUUCACCUACAGAAGUUGGAUCUUUCGGUAAAUAAAAUUGAAGAUUUGUCUUGUGUGAGUUAUAUGCCUUAUCUUCUAGAACUUAAUGCUUCUCAAAAUAAACUGACUACAUUCUUCAAUUUCAAGCCACCCAAAAAUCUCAAGAAGGUGGAUUUUUCCUGCAACCGAAUUUCUGGAAUGUGUGAUUUGUCAGCAUACCAUGCUCUCACUAAACUAAUUUUGGACAGCAACGAGAUAGAAGAAAUCAGUGGACUAGAGAUGUGUGGCAAUUUAACUCACCUUAGUUUGGCCAACAACAAGAUCACAGCAAUUAAUGGCUUAAACACGUUACCAAUCAGAAUACUUUGCCUGAGCAAUAACCAGAUUGAGAAGAUCACAGGUUUAGAGGAUCUGCAAGUCUUGCAGAACCUGGAUCUGUCCCACAAUCAGAUAAGUAGCCUCAAAGGCUUAGAGAAUCAUGACCUCCUGGAAGUGAUCAACCUAGAGGAUAAUAAGAUUGCUGAGCUGAGUGAAAUAGAAUACGUUGAAAACCUACCUAUCCUUCGAAUUCUCAGUCUUCUAAGAAAUCCAAUUCAGGAAAAAUCUGAAUAUUGGCUCUUCGUAAUUUUUAUGCUACUGCGAUUGACAGAAUUAGAUCAGAAGAAGAUUAAAGUGGAAGAAAAGGUGGAGGCAGUGAAUAAAUAUGACCCCCCUCCUGAAGUGGUUGCGGCUCAAGAUCACCUGACUCAUGUUUGCAAUAGCGUGAUGCAGCCGCAGCGGAUCUUUGACAGCACUCUUCCCAGUCUGGAUGCCCCUUAUCCCAUGUUGAUAUUAGCUGGUCCUCAAGCUUGCGGUAAACGAGAACUUGCCCACCGCCUCUGCAGACAGUUUAGUACUUACUUCAGAUACGGGGCCUGUCACACCACAAGACCACCUUACUUUGGAGAAGGGGAUCGAGUUGAUUAUCAUUUUAUCUCUCAAGAAGUUUUUGAUGAAAUGCUAAACAUGGGGAAAUUUAUUCUGACAUUUGAUUACGGGAAUCACAAGUAUGGAUUAAAUAGGGACACCAUAGAAGGUAUCGCCAGAGAUGGUUUAGCAAGCUGUAUUCAUAUGGAAAUAGAAGGUGUAAGAAGUUUGAAAUGUUCCUAUUUUGAGCCUCGAUAUAUCCUGGUGGUGCCCAUGAACAAGGAAAAAUAUGAGGGAUACUUGAGGAGAAAAGGACUAUUCAGUCGUGCAGAAAUUGAAUUUGCCGUCUCCAGAGUGAACCUUUAUAUUAAAAUUAAUCAGAAAUGGCCAGGAUAUUUUGAUGCAGUAAUCAAUGCAGAUGAUCUGGAUGUUGCCUAUGAGAAGCUGAGUCAACUCAUUCGAGAAUACCUUGGCUUGACUGAAGAACCUGCCAAGAGUCUGGCUCCAGCUGCAGGAGCUCCCACUAGCAAGAAGACUGGGUCUGGGGUACCAGCACACCUGGUUCCAUCCCCCAGGCGCUUGGCAAAACUGCAAGCAGAUGGCCAGAUGACAGAGCACCUCCCUGGAAUGCAAAUUCAUGCCAAGGUCCCUGAAGAUCAGAGCCCAGCUCCCUCCCAGAACCAAGAGCUGACUCAGGAUGGAGAACCCCAUAAAAAAGAGCUUUCUCCCAGGAGCCAUCUCACUUCGGAGCCUCUUCAACAGAUCGGCUCACCAGCACCCGCUAUUCCUCAGCAGGAGCAAGACUUAUCCUCAAAUGUGACAGCAGAGGAUAUUCAGCAGCCAGAUCUUUCUUCAAAAAUAAUAACCGCUAAGACAGAUGUCCCUGAAGAUGAGGGACAAGCGCCUCUUCAGCACCCUGACCCUUGUACCUCCCCCAGCCCCCAGCCAGACCAGGAUGAGGAAUCUGGGGAGGCCCAGGUAACCCUGACCCUCCCUCCCCUGUCUGAGCCUCCACAGGGACCUGGUCCAACUUCCUUCAACCCUCAGAUAACACAGGAUGAGGAAACUGAGUCAGACAAGCUUCCACCCAGCACUUCCCAUCAUGAUCCUCCAGAAGAUCCUUCCCACCCUGAUGCGGUGAAGAAGCAACUUGCUGGAGAUUCUCAACAGCCUCUCACAGAGGAACCCCCCCGAGCAGAAGUUGUCCGGGUCGGUACUCCUUACCCCGAAUUGUCACAUCCCCAAGACUCAUCAGCAAGUACAAAGCAGACCCAGGACGGGGAAGACCCAGUGACCUUGCUCCCUAGAAGCCGGCUGGCUCCCACCAGGCUGCCCCAGCCUCGGCUACUCGCUCCCCUCCAGAGGAGGAGGCCCACCCCCAAGCUCCUCUCACCCAGCAGGGAAGAGGCUUUAGGAACAACCUCAGAUCAAACCAUGACUCCCUCUCCCAGGCCGCCACCAACUCAGGAAGGAGAUACCAGUAAACUUCCUCCCAUCAGGACCCCCCAUUCCAAACCGCCCCAGAAGCUGAGCCCCCAAGCAGCCCACAAUCCCCAGCAAGUCCAGGAGGAGAAAGUCAGCGAGGUGAAACUGCCGCUGAUCCGUCCCCCUACCCGGGAACAAGCACCCCAGCACAUGCCCGAUCCGCCCCAGGACCAGGAGGCCCAGAAAGUUGGGCUGCCUCACAUCCCCGCUCCCCAUGCAGGGCCACAGCCGCCCGAGGACACAGGGGCUCCUCCUGGCCCAAGGCCCAUGAAGGAAAGUAAGGCUUCCAAGGUAGGCCGCUCCUCCAGCAAGAAGAUUCCAGAUCUGCAGGCCCCAGCCCACAACCAAGAGCCAGUGCAGCAGAUGGGAGCAAGAAAAAAAAAACUCCCUAUCCAGAGAGAGACAGCUAAAGGACCAGCAGCUCUGAAGAAGGCACCACCUAGCAGCCACCCGACAGCCUCGCGGCUAGAAUCCCGUAGUAAGCGAACCCCUGUGAUGGUGCCCGACCAUCCUAACCCCAGCCCUCCCCUGAACCCCCAGGGGAACCAGAGGGGAAAAGUCCAUACCCCAGGCACUCCAGAGCCACCCCACGCUCAACCAUCCUCUAAAGAUCCCCGAUGGCAGGAAGAAAAAAGGGGAAAAGUACAUCAUUCCAGAAAAAAGGCCCCUACCAACCUCCCCCCACAUGACCUGCCUCAGGAUGUAGGUGUGUCCAAAAAAGGAGCAUCUUUGAAAAGAGAGAUUUCUGAAGGAUUCUCUCAAGCAAAUAAAACUACCUUCAGCAGUGAUGAGCCAACUCAAGAGAGUCAGCCCCCCGACAAGAAACCUCCCCAGAGCGAAAAGCCCUCUGCAGAGUCAGUACAGGACAGUGCUGCUCCUGUGAAGUGUCCAGGGGGUAAGGAACAGGCUCACAAAAAGGGAAGGUUUCAGAAGGCAGAGAUUGCUUCGGAACCCCCAGAGCAGGAUGGCAUGGCCCCCACCCAGCAGCCUGUCAAAGAGACACAAGCCCAUAAGGGGACCAGUCAGACCAGAGAGAGCUCUGUCCAAAGGGGCAGUGCACUUGCUUCCAAGCAGCAAGCCAAAGAGAACCGAACCCGAAAACACGAGGGAGUACCACAGGACGAAAACCCUGCUGCUGCCCAGAAUCAGGUGUCUGCUGAGGAGGAGGGCAGCCGGCAAGGAAGGCUGCGGGCCCGGGGCAGUCAGAGCACCAAGGUUUAA